AUGCGGAUUAUCCAAAUGCCUCUGAGAAACCAUCGAGAUUCUCCUCCCAGCGACGAUGAUGACAGGGAGGCACUGAUACAUGAAAAGCGAUCCCAACUCCUAAAUGAAGCAGUCCCAUUCGGUGCCAGAGAGCAUCAACGGCUCCGGAAAAUCAUCGCCAUUCAAUAUAUCCUAAUAGUCUCGCUUUUCUUCUUCGCAGUCGGAGCUGGGAUUACAGUCUGGACGGAUCCAGGAUCAGAAAUACCUGAUCUGGUUUACUCUCCCGCUCAAGACGUCAUCAGAUACAAGAACGUCGUCUUCAACUCCGGCUGGGGAGACCAAAAGUCCGUCUACAUGGGUCCGCCGUCGAAAGAGAACAAUAAAGCGUGGGGUGAUCUCCAUGUUGUGCCCGCGAUGAUCAAGAUUCCUGCGAGCGAUGCAGCGAAAUUGGUUAACAAGACUGUCCCGAUUCCUGAGGAUCCGGGAUACUAUCUGAUUGGACUCGAUGUUUUCCAUCAGUUGCACUGUUUGGAUAUGCUCCGCAAAGUACUCUGGGGUGUUGAUAUGCACCACGUGGAUGAAAAGCAGGCUAUGCAUCACCUUGACCACUGUAUCGACAUGAUUCGUCAGAGUCUGAUGUGUUCGGCCGAUAUCACUGUCGAUGUGUGGGCAUGGAGUGAAGAAAGACAGAGGGUCACGGUGCAGGCGGAUAACAUGCACACUUGUCGGGAUUUUGAGGCCAUUCGACAGUGGGCGCUUGAGAGACAGGCAGGAGACUUUGAUCGGACGGUACAUGUGGUGGAUUCUUGA